GCGAGCAGUGCCCCGGUGCGAGAGCGCGGCGUCCGAACCGCUUCGAGAGACCAACGAAAUUCCGCUCCAGGCUUGCUUCGCGUGACGUCGAUACCUAACGAAACGGCUGUGGAAAGCAAAGCUCUUCUCCAAAGAGCCUACGCGAGAGAGAGGUUGGUUAUCGGUGUUCCGUGAAAAACGGCGUUGCGCGAUAGCUGUCGCGAGGCAUCGAGCUUGCUAUCAGUGAUUUCGUGUGCACGCGCGCGCGCGAGCGCGCGAGGGAAAUGCCGCGAGGCUGAGCGAAGCAUCGACCGACCAUCAGCCGGCGACGAGCGACAGGGAUACGAGGAGAAUGUCAAGGGGAACGCCGAGCCAGUGCCUGCUCGUCGCGGCGUGUCUGCUGGCCGUGUCGAGCUCGGGCUGGGCGUCGGAGUGCUGCGAGCCGGGGAUCGACUGGCGACAGGAGUCGUACAUGUGCGAGGACGACAGCAGGGUGAAGCUGAACUGCCAGACGGGACUGUACGCGAUCGACCCGAGCGCGGAGGAGCCGGACGAGAGCUACCGCGUGGACCGCGACUCCGGCUGGCUGGUCGUCGCCGACGGCUCGAACAAGUCCUCGUACAACGUCACGCCCGCCAAGUUCUGCCGAGCGCAGCUGGCCGAGCAGCGGCGCUACCUGAUCUGCUUCGCGGACGAAGCCGAGGAGUCGGCCGAGCCGCUCUGGCGCGUCACCUUCUUCGGGCUGGCGAGUAUGGCGUCGAGCGCGUUCCUGGCGCUCACGCUCCUCGUCUACCUCGUCCUGCCCGAGCUGCGAGACCUGCAGGACAAGGCCGCGAUGUCGGUGUGCGCCUCGUUCAUGGUGGCCUUCUUCCUCAACGGCGACCAGAGCCUCGACUUCCCGGCGCGGCUACACGACGACGCGCCAUGCCUGCUGACGGCCUACUCCAUGUAUUACGCCUACAUGUGCGCCUUCUUCUGGCUGAACGUCAUCUCGCUCAACAUUUGGCGAUGCGUCUGGUUGCCGAGUCUCCGGGUGGAGAGCAACACGCUGUUCGUCGUCUACUGCAUGGUCGGCUGGGGAGUGCCGCUGUGCUUCCUCGCCCUGGCCGUGGUCGCCCAAAACGUCGACGGCUUCUUCGUGAGCCCUGGUUUCGGCCAGUCGACCUGCUGGUUCGACGGACACCACGCGACGUGGCUGUACUUCUACGGGCCGAUACUGGCGCUGCUGUCGAUGAACUUGGCCUACCUGGGACUGACCGGCUGGAAGCUGUGGCACAGGUACAGGCGGCUCGACUGCUGCAAGAUCAAGGUGCUGCGAGUGAAGUGCGCCAUGUGCGCGAGGCUCGCCGUCAUGAUGGGCGUCACUUGGAUCUUCGAGGUCGUGUCAUUCGCUUUCGAAGACACCAACCCGCUCUACUGGAUACUGCCGGACAUUCUGAACGUGAUGCAGGGCUUGUUCAUUUUCGCGCUGUUCGUGGUUUGGCGCAAGAAAGUGCGCAAGCUGCUGGCCGAGCGACGGCCCUUCGGCGUCCCCUUCCCCAAGUCGUGGGCGGCCUGCAAGGACCAGGAGCGCUGCCACGAGGACAACGAGGACGAGCUCGAGUUGUCGCAGACCUCGUAG